AAGCCGGAGUUGGGAAAAUUUUGUCCAGAGACCUAAUUGGCCUAUUCUAGGGAGGCUGGAGCCGGGCACCGACACUCACUGAGGGCUUGGAGCUGGGGCAAGGUUAUUCCAACUCAAAUCUCUCCCUCCGUCCUUGAGAGUUUGAGGGAUCAUGUGAUCUUGGAAGAAAGGAGGGGAGUUCAGGCAUGACCAGACAAACAAGGAUGAUCACAUGACUCAGAGAAGUCAGACAUGGCAAGAGCUGAGGGCCCAGAAAGACACCCCAGGACUGUCCUGAUCACCGGUUGCUCUUCAGGAAUUGGUCUACAUCUGGCUGUAAAGUUGGCCCAGGACCCUCAACAGAGAUACCAUGUGAUCGCCACCAUGCGGGACCUGGGGAAGAAGGAGAAACUGGAGGCUGCAGCUGGUGAGGCUCUGGGCCAGACAUUGACUGUGGCACAGAUGGAUGUCUGCAGUGAGGACUCCAUGUCUGCCUGUCUAAGCAACACUGAGGGAAGGUCUUUGGAUGUGCUAGUAAACAAUGCAGGUUUGGGAAUUGUAGGGCCCCUGGAGGGCCUCAAUAUGGCAGACAUCAGGAAGGUCUUUGAAACCAACUUCUUUGGGGCAGUCCAGCUGAUCAAGGCUGUGCUGCCCAGCAUGAAGCAGAGACGUAGAGGCCACAUCGUGGUGGUCAGCAGUGUCAUGGGAUUGCAGGGUGUCGUAUUCAAUGAUGUCUACUCAGCCUCCAAGUUUGCAUUGGAGGGGUUCUGUGAGAGUUUGGCUGUGCAGCUUCUGCAGUUCAAUAUCUUUGUGUCCUUAGUGGAACCAGGGCCAGUGAACACAGAUUUUGAGGCCAAGUUAGUGGCCCAGGUCUCCAAGGCUGAUUUUCCUCACACCGACCCUGACACCUUGAGCUACUUCCUCGAUGUUUAUCUCCCAGCAUCCAAAGAUAUUUUCCAGACCCUGGGCCAGAGCCCUGAGGAUGUUGCCCAGGCCAUUGCCCAGGUGAUUGGCUCAGCACAGCCAUCCCUUCGCUAUCAGACCAACGCCCUCUAUACGCCUCUGACUGCCCUGAAGUAUGCUGACCCUUCUGGAGACCUCUCCGUCCACACCUUCUACCGUCUACUCUUCCGCUGCCAACCCCUUUUCCGGUUCAGCCUUUGUUGUCUCCGCUGUCUCUCUGGGAACUGUCUCCGGCCCAGGGUCACACCCAUGUGAGGGGGGCCUCACACACGUUGGGGGUUCAGAGCCAUGUGAAGAGGACGAUGUGUAUGAAGAAGGUCAUACACAUGUGAAGAAGUCACAUGUAUUCGGGGAUAUGAGUGACCCACAGCCAGACCCCCUCUUCUCAGUCUUUUCAAGAGAUGAACCUCGAAAUCCUGAAUUUAUAGCCCCUUCCCUUGGUGGGUGCUUAUUCCUGGGCUCUAGUCUUGGUAGUAGCCAGUUCUUUACUCUAGCCUUCCCCUCACCUACACACUUCACUAUGAAUUUAGUAACAUUUUGCAAGUGAAUUUGUAUUUUAUU